AUGUCAAAAACAAUAAAAAUAGUCAUUCUAGGCAGCGGCGCAGUUGGGAAGUCUGCUAUUACAAUUCAGUUAGUCUCUGGACAGUUCAUUCAAAUAUACGAUCCGACUAUCGAAGACUCAUAUAAGACGUCGAUAUCUGUUGAUGGUGAAAUCGUCCCAUUAGAUAUUUUGGACACUGCGGGACAAGAAGAGUACUCUGCGUUACGAGACCAGUACAUGCGAUCUGGUGAUGGAUAUAUCAUAGUUUAUUCUAUAACAUCCACAUCAUCGUUUUUAGACGCCAACGUCAUUCGAGAACAACUCUAUCGAGUGUUGAACAAUGAUGAUGCCGCACACUUCCCAAUUUGUGGUUGUGUGGGAAUAAAUGC